CUCCUCCUUCGACCCCACCCGUUUCCAUUCUCUCAAGUCUUAACUUGAGAAAAAACUUAAUGUGGCGGAGAUAUUUGGAAAUAAAGCAAGAAUGUGCGGAUGAAGGGGCUGCGCUGUGAAGAAGCCAUUGUGAAAACACACCACAGACUGAGGGGUGAAGUAAAGUUGUUCUGCUCUCGGUGACAUGACUGGAGAACCAGAACCAGGACUAUGAGCAAUAACGACAUUUUCGAGAUGGAUUCUUUGUGUGACUCAGAGGAGAUGGAGGGUGAUAUGGAGCUGGGCAUGAUAGACGAGGACAUGGUUUACCCCAAGAGGCUUUUACCAACUAAUCACAGUAUUGAAGAAGGAGCGACAGUCAACAAAGCACGACUGGCAGAGUUUAAUGACAAACCCGACUCCUUGUUCUUCAACGACGGGGUGAGGAGGAUCGACUACAUCCUGGUCUACGAAGAUGAGGAUAAGAAGGACUUUGAGAAGAGGUACAUAUUCCAGCGGCGCAAGGGGCGGCGGGAGUACUUUGAGGCCAGCCUGAUGGAGAUAGGAAUAGAGCUGGAGGCGACACAAUCUGUAAUAAAUGACAAGCUGCUCUUUGUGAAAGUGCACAUGCCGUGGGACGUGUUGUGCGCCCGCGCAGAGGAACUGCACAUCAAGCUGCCCUUCGAGCCCAACGACCUGUCCUCCAGACCCUCGCCCUGGCGACACUUCUCCUGCAUCACCAAACACUUCUACCCCGACGAGCAGCUGAUCAUGAAGGAGAAGGAGAAGGAGUUCUUCACCGCCCCCUUUGAGAAGGACCGUCUGGAGUACUUCCACGUGAGGGACAAAGACCUUUUCUUCACCGCCGCCAUGAGGAGCAGGAUGGCUUAUUACAUCCUCCUGAGUCGAGCCUCCUAUGAGUUACGAGGCAGUACAAAGAAGUUUGGCAUCACCAAACUGCUGGACAGUGGAGUGUACAAAGCCGCCUAUCCCCUCCAUGAUUCCAGGUUCAAUGUGAAGUCCGAAGAGGAGGGCAGCACCAGCGAGAGAUAUCUGCUCUAUAGAGAAUGGGCUCAUCCCAAGAGCUUCUACAAGAUGCAACCACUGAACCUCAUCAGGAAGUAUUACGGGGAGAAGAUCGGCAUUUACUUUGCCUGGUUGGGUUUCUACACAAUAAUGCUGGCUCUGGCUGCUGUUGUGGGUCUGGGAUGUUUCAUUUAUGGAUACAAGACUCAAGAUACCAGCACCUGGAGCAAAGAGGUGUGUGACCCUGCCAUUGGAGGACAGAUAGUGAUGUGUCCACAGUGUGACAAAGAGUGCGUAUACUGGAGGUUAAACAGCACCUGUGAAGCUUCAAAAAAACUCUGCAUAUUUGAUAACUUUGGGACCUUGGUGUUUGCAGUUUUCAUGUCAAUCUGGGUAACGCUGUUCAUGGAGUUAUGGAAGCGCUACCAGGCGGAGCUGGAGUACAGGUGGGACACGGUGGAGUUUCUGGAGCAGGACGAGCUGCCUCGGCCAGAAUAUGAAGCCAAGUGUAUUCAUGAGAGGAAAAACCCCGUCACAGGGGAAGACGAAAAAGUGCCCUAUACAGCCUGUGGACGAUGUGUUCGGGUGUCAAUAGGAAUUGGGACCGUCUUCUUCUGGAUUCUGUUGAUCCUGGCGUCCAUCGUGGCCAUCAUCGUGUACCGCCUGGCUGCAUUCUUCGCCUUCUCCACCAAACUGCGAGCUCAGGACCUGAAGGAGCUGGAGCCCCUGAAGGAGUACGUGACGCCUCAGAUGGCCACCGCCGUCACCGCCUCGCUCAUCAGCUUCGUUGUUAUCAUGAUCCUCAACAUCCUGUAUGAGCGCGUCGCAAUCUGGAUCACUGACUUUGAGCUUCCUCGCACCAAGACGGACUACGAGAACAGCCUGACUCUGAAGAUGUUCCUCUUCCAGUUCGUCAACUAUUACUCGUCCUGCUUCUACAUCGCCUUCGCUAAAGGGAAAGCGGUCGGCUUUCCUGGAGAUCCCGUUUAUCUUUUGGGAAAAUAUCGAAACGAGGAGUGUGAUCCAGGCGGUUGUCUGAUUGAAUUGACGACUCAGCUCUCUAUCAUCAUGGGUGGAAAAGCCAUCUGGAACAACAUCCAAGAGGUCUUGCUACCGUGGGUUAAAAACCUUAUUUUCCGCUACUGCACUCGUGUCGCCCCGGAGAAAGUGAUUCCUUGCUGGGAGCAGGACUACCGGCUGCAGCCAUUUUCAAAGCAUGGACUUUUCUAUGAAUAUCUGGAGAUGGUGAUCCAGUUCGGCUUUGUGACUCUGUUUGUGGCCUCCUUCCCUCUGGCUCCCGUCCUGGCUCUGGUCAACAACCUGUUUGAGAUCCGGGUCGAUGCCUGGAAGAUCACCACUCAGUUUCGACGCAUCGUUCCAGAAAAAGCUCAGGACAUCGGCGCCUGGCAGCCCAUUCUCCAGGGCGUCGCCAUAUUGGCUGUCGCAACAAAUGCCAUGAUCAUUGCUUUUACCUCGGACAUGAUUCCCCGGCUGGUCUACUACUGGUCCUUCUCUGUGUAUCCCUAUGGAGAUCACUCCAAUCACACCAUGCAGGGCUACAUCGAAAGCUCGCUGUCUAUAUUCAACAUCAGCGACUUCUCUAUAAGCAGCUUGCCCAUGAAGACACCUUCCAACAUCACCACCUGCAGAUAUCGAGAUUUCCGGUACCCCCCCGGGCAUCCCAUGCAGUAUGAGUACAAUGUCUACUACUGGCAUGUGAUCGCUGCCAAACUGGCUUUUAUAAUCGUCAUGGAGCACAUUGUUUACCUCACAAAGUUCGUCCUGUCCUACGUGAUUCCCGACGUCCCGUACAGGGUGAAAGAGCAGAUCAGACGAGAAAAGCACCGGGCCCAGGUCGUGGUGAGAUGUUUGAUACCCGUGGACGACGGCACGGUCAAGUUUGCGAAGGUGAACUUGACAGGGAAAGAGAUGUAGCUUGAUUUUUCACAGUGAAACGUCUGGAGGAAGAGAUCAAACCAUACUGUACAUAUAUGAAUGAAUACACUGUUUUUUUAGCACUUCAUCUCAUCUGGGGUUUUAUACCGACUAUUUCCUUGUAAACCAGUGACAAAUUAGGACAAUGAAUGGACAUUUGUGAUGGAAAAUGAACAAUGACCUCCUGGGCACAGAUAUGAAAAAGGCCCCUUCAGCUUUCCUAUGGGAGUUCCGGCACUUGUUGUUGUUUUUAUGUUUUUAUUUGUAGUCGUUAUGCAUCUUUCUGUGGCGUUGUCUCUUUGUGGUCUACUUGUUUUUAUGUGCUAAUAUAUCCCUUUUUUUAGUUGUUACAUGUCGCUUUGUAUUUGUUUUGUUUCUCUUUGUUUGUUUGUCAUUGCAUUUGAUCUUUCUGUGUUUUUUUACCCUCUUUUUAAAGUCUAUUUGUGGUCCUUUUGAGUGUCUUCCAGGUUGGUAAUUUAAAUUGGACAUUUUGUAUGUGAUGUACAGGGGGGGCCACAGAGAGUUUGGUCCAGUAAUCCAUCCAUUAUUGUGUAGUAACCAGUAGGAAAGAAGACGUCUGAAGUUCAUUUAUGACGCUAGUGAAAAAAGAAAGGAGAAACCACUGUCCUCACACUCACAAAAACCUUCCUUAGACUGACCAAGAUAAUAUAGCUAAAUGCACAAGGUGUGGGAUAAACUUUUUUAACUCACUAGCUUUAAGUGUUUGAGUUUAAUACUGUUUGUUCAGAUCUGAAUCCAGUAUUACAUUUUAAUCUGUUUAGAUUUAAGUAAUGUUGCUGUUUUCUUUGCAAUCUUGUUUUGAUGCCACAGCAAAGAGAUUAAGGGAAAUCAAAACAGUGUCUCACACUUUGUAGCUUCACACUAAAUAACACAAACAAAAUAGGGGAAAUGGAGAUGAUUAUUAUUAUUAUUGUGUUUAUAAUUUAUAUUAUUAGUUAUUGUGAGCCCAGUGACUGUUAAGAUGUUUACCUCACGAAGUUCGUCCUGUCCUACGUGAUUCCCGACGUCCCGUACAGGGUGAAAGAGCAGAUCAAACGACAGAAGUACCUGACCCAGGUCAUCCUCCACGACACCAACCUCAAGCUGGUGAUAGCACUUGUAGGACUCAUCAGUGUCGGCUUAAAGUACAGUAUAGUUUAAAAGCCUCAGAAAGCGUAUGGACUUACAGUUGUUGUUUUUUUUGUUUGAACAUUGAAUAUAAAUGUUGUCUUCCAUUUUCAUCUUUCGCUUGACUAUAUCAGUACUGUGUGUUUCAGUCCGUCCAUUGAUGCUGGGGGCUCAAAUCUUUAUCACACGCGUAACCAACAAGUGCCACGACAGAGUGAUCGUUUUAGUUUAAUGCUGUCGGGAAAUAUCAGUAUUAUUAUAUAUUAACCACUAUGCUAUGCAAUGUUGAUUGUUAAUGGAGAUGUUUUUUUCUGUUAGCUGAGGUGACAUCUCACAAUGUUACAUGAGUGAUGAGAUAAAGGGGUUAUAAUAGACAUGGACUCACCUGUAGCCACAUGUGCCUCAAAUACCACUUUUUACUUCCAGAGUUCCUGCCCUGCACAAUGUUUUAUCUGCAAGUAAUAUCCUGUGAUAUAAAGGCAACCCAGUCAUUUAAUCCUC